AACAAAAAAGAAAAAAAAUAAAAAAUAAAAAAACACCAUUCGUCUUCUUCUUCUUUGUUCUUUUGUUCUCCUCUCUCUCUCUUUGAUCCUUUCUUUGAUUCUCUGAUAGUGUUAUUCUUCUGUGCUUUUGGUUUGAGCCAGGGAUUUGGAGCUGUAGCUUAUAUAUAUUUAGAGUUUGAUAGGCACAUCCCUGUUCUUGAACUACUUGCUUAUAUAGGAAUUGAGAGCUUGGAGUUUUGCAAAUUCUUCCGAUAAACGUUGACGAAGAAGAAGACGACCACGACGAUGUUACAAGAUAUCAUCCAUCCACCAGAACAACAUCAACAACUUCCCAUCAAGGAUAUUGCGAGCCCAAUAAGCACUAAUCAACUAUUUGAACUUUGUGGUCAAGAAUUAUUCCCCGAGACACUACAAAAUUCUGAGGUCUCUUCCUGCUCAAACUGUUGCUAUGAAGAGAACUCUUACACUACUAAUCUCUCCUUCUCUUCCUUCUCUUCAUUCCCUUCUGAUAGAGGAAAGUCCAAUAACAAUAACAACAGUAACACCAACAGUAGUAGUACCUUAACCCCUACCAACACAAACAAUAAUCUCUCCAUCAUCUUUGACUGUAGUCAAGAUGAGAAUGAGAAUGAUAAUGAUAUCUCUGCCUCCAUAGAUUUUUCUCCACAAUCCACAUUUUCAAAUGUCCCUCCACAGCUGUUACCAACACAACAGGAUCAGUUAGAUCUCUCUUCACUGCAAUGUCAAAUUCCAAUAACAGAUGUUGGUAAUGGGUUCUCAUCUUACUGUACUCCUGACUCAGUUGUUCCUCUUAAGGGACCUCCAUUACCAUCUGUUUUUGUUGAAGAUGAUUGCUUAUCCCCAUUACCUUCUUAUGUACGUUUGGACCCAUCUUCUCCUUCAUGUUCUUUCCUUGAUCCAACAAAUUUUGGACCUUUCUUGCCUGGAAAUUUGAGCACAGCAAGAAUACCUACAGAUGCAUCUGGAGUUUUUGCAGGAAAUAUUCUUAUGGACACUGAUUUGCAGCCACAAGAAUUGGACUUUCAAGGUGAUAACUGUGGAGUUUAUGGCUCUGACCCAUUACAACAGGUUUACAGCUCUGGAGAUAUUCAGGCUCUUCAUAAUGAUAGCUCCCAACUGGUCAAUGGUGGUGGGACUUCUACUUUAUCAUCAGAAAUCUCCACUUUGGAGGAAUCCACCUACAAAGUUGGAAAACUCUCUGUCGAAGAAAGGAAGGAGAAGAUCCAUAGAUACAUGAAGAAGAGAAAUGAGAGGAACUUCAGUAAGAAAAUCAAGUAUGCAUGUCGCAAGACUCUUGCGGAUAGCCGUCCUCGUGUUAGAGGAAGAUUUGCAAAGAAUGAUGAUUUUGGAGAGGCUGCAAGACCCAGUUGCAGCAAUCAUGAAGAUGAAGAUGAUGAAGAAGUGGCAAUGAAAGAGGAGGAACUGGUUGACCAUUCUGAUAUUUUUGCUCAUAUCAGUGGAGUGAAUUCCUUCAAGUGCAACUUUCCAAUUCAAUCCUGGAUAUGAAGAAGAUUGAUCAUCAUCUUCACGGUGAGAUCGUGUGGGGUACAAUUUUGCAAGAUCCCCUCAUCUCAAUGGAGCUGAUGAUUGCUCCGUUCGAUUACAAUAAAAUGCGAUGGGUGGAUCAUUGUUAUUUCUAUAUAAUAAUAAUUCAGAUUUUAUAUAUUAAGGAAACACCAUUUUUAUUUUAUUUUGUAGAUAUUGUUCUCAUUUCCAUUAACUUUUUUGGUGAAAAAUUCCAUUCUCAUGAACAUUUAAGGGUAUAUGCCUGUGUAAAGCUAGGGUACAAAGCAAACCCUCCUAUUUUUUUUU